AAAAAAACAACCUCUUACGGAACUGCGAUCUUGAACUAUUUCUCUUUCGCAAUCUGCGUUUUACUCGCAGGAGUUUUGCAACUUUUAACCAGAAAUGGUUGGCAGGUUGAACUUGCCAAAUGUAUGUGAAGGGGAUCCACUGGAUAUGAGCUGCAGGGCUGAUAGAGGACUUGACAGCCCGGACUCUGGGUUACCCCCGAGCCCGAGCCCCAGCGCCUGGCUGCUGCCCGUGUGUGCGGAGAAACCCGGGGGCGUGAGCCCGGUGUCUGAAGACGAGGGAAGGGGCUCCCUGGUUCCAGUUUUACCCUCUGGAUCUUUCCAGCAGCUACACCCAUUGUCCUUUGGGGAAGGCAUAGCACUUGAUCCAUUACCACCGAAGGAAAUAAGAUACACCUCAUCUGUCCACUACAACUCAGACCGCCACUUCAUCCAGGGCGUGGCCCUGCAGCCAUGGGGCCAGGGCCUUGAACACUGCAGGCAGACCAUCAUGGCCGUGCCCCACAGCACCUGGCGCCACUACAAGACACAGCUGGAGUUCCAGCCUCGCCAUCGGCCACAGCUCUUCAAGAGCACCACCAUCAUCUACCCCAAGAAAACCAGCGCCGUCUACACCACAGAGCUGAGCUACGACUGCCACCGACUAUCCAGACGUUUCCUCUCCAGUGUGGAGAUGGAGGCGGCUGGCCACAGAAAGCUACCUCAGUAAGGAGGGGGUGCAGGUGGCUGGGGACAUGCAAGGGUGGUUAUUCCCAUGGCCCCUAUACUGUAGCUCCCCCAAGGCUGGGUUCCAUUGACCUGCUGUGUUGUCUUUUUACAGUUGUGUAGCCUGAUAUCCCUUUAAGUACCCUUCCCAAGCUCUGGACAGGAAGCAUCUGUGCUGCAAUGUUACAGAUAUCAGAGAUGAGUAGACAUGGACAAAGUGGGUGAAAUAUCCAUUCAGUCUUUGUCUUGAUGUUUAUGGAUGAUCUGUCUGUUGGAAUGGAUAUUUCAUUAAAUGCUUCACUUUUUAGCUUGUUGGUUUCCAGAGACAUGCUCAUAUUUAAUUUGUUUUUACUGGCUGUAGGAUUGACUCAUAUGGACUGAGAGGAGGAGAAUAGUUAUUUGCCCUCAGCAAAGUCACUCUCCUCAUGUCAAAUCAAGUUGGUCAAGUAUGCAGAGUGACCGGUUUUAAAUUUGAAUGAUGCUGAUCAUUGUUUAGCAUCAUAAAGAAGUGCUUUUAAAACUGCUAACUUAUAAUAUGGUUCAAAGCAACUAGUAUAUAAGGGAGAAGAAAUGUGGUGCUGGAGUGUGGAUGCAUGCUAAGAAAUCACUAACUUAUCCACACUGUACAAAGGAUGUGGUGAAAAUACUUAACACGUGUUUUGUUUCUUCACAGGGUAUUGUGUGUUUCUGCACAACAUUAACACAAGCUAAGCUCUUCCCAAGCCUUUUCUCUGGCCACUGUUUAUGUCUGCGAUUCAUAAUGUAUUAUGUAAAUGUUGGUAUAUUAAGGAACCUUUUCUAUUCAUUGUGAUCUGUAAGCUUAAAAAAUCUGGUUAAGUAGGUAGUAUAGAUGGAUCAUGAGUGUGGAGAAAAGUGGAUAGAUACAUUUUUGAUAUCACUCACUGGCUUACUAGUGAAAAUAAGAAGCUGCAUUCCACUGCUAUCACUUUCUUUGGCUUGACUUGGACUGAAAUUGUAUUUAUUCUGUUGAAGUUUUAGAUUCUGAGAUUUUAUCAGAUGAUUAACGGGUCUCUCCACAGUCAUGGCAAGGGAUAUUUUUGUGAUGCCCUCUGUGCCUUAUUGAUGUAUCUAUUGAUGCUUCUUUUUGAUAUUAGUCACUUAUUCAGUGCCAGUUUGAAAUAAAGUGUCCAUUAGUUCAA